GUUAUUAGUGCUCCAAAAACUACUGACAUUUUCCUUUAAAUAAAAAUAUAAACAACUUUCAUUUCACCCCUUUAGUAUGUAAUUUCUACUGAGAGAAGAAAAAAUGCUAUUAGCUUCUAUACCUAUUACACUCAUCUCCGUAACACAGAUAAUACCGUUUACUCUUUGACCUGUUGUUUAUUUUACCCAUGACUAUCCAGAGAUAUACAUUACAAAGUGUAGCCGCUCCCUGCAAACGUAGAGAGUUUACAAUCAGGAAGACACUGAUUUAAAUGUUAAAGUACUCUUAAUAUACACCGUUUUGCUGAGCUGCGGACAGCUGUUAGGAAAUCACUGAUGAUGGAGUCAUCAACUCUUACCCUAGAGACAGAAGAACCUUUGAAGAAAAAUGAUGCAAAAAAAUACAAGAUUCUCUGUGCAGUACUAUGUGUGGCUUUGGUGGCCAUAUCCCUUGGAUUAGGACUGGGGCUUGGACUGAAAAAGGAAUCAAGUGUGGAAGUUAUGCCAGCUUUAGUGUCCUGCAGGAAUAGGUGCUAUGAUUUGACCAAUCAACGGGAAGGUGACUGUCGCUGUGACUCUAAAUGCACUCAAGAAGGAAAUUGUUGCUUUGAUUUUGAUGAUCUUUGCCUAAAACCAAGAACUGAGUGGACAUGCAGCAAGGUCCGCUGUGGUGAAAGGAGGAUAUUUGGAAGUCAUUGCUCAUGUUCUGAGGAUUGCUUAACAGUAGGAGACUGUUGUACAGACUACAAAAUCAUUUGCAAAGGUGACACAACCUGGGCUGUUGAUAAAUGUGAAACCAAUCCACAGUGCCCUGAAGGAUUUGACCUGCCACCUGUUAUCCUUUUCUCACUGGAUGGUUUUCGAGCAGAGUAUUUGCAGACAUGGGCUGACCUAAUGCCAAACAUUAAAAAAUUAAGAGACUGUGGAACACAUUCAAAGUAUAUGAGAGCAGUUUACCCAACAAAAACCUUCCCCAACCACUAUUCAAUUGUCACAGGUUUGUUUCCAGAAUCCAAUGGAAUCAUUGAUAACAACAUGUAUGAUGUAACAAUGAACAAGGUUUUCUCUCUUUCUGGAAAUGAGAAGUUUAAUAAGACCUGGUGGCAAGGACAACCGAUUUGGUUGACAGCAAUGUACCAAGGAUUGAAGGCUGGCACUUUCUUUUGGCCUGGAUCAGAUGUUCCUAUAAAUGGUACCUACCCAUCCUUUUAUGAGUUGUACAACAAGUCUAUUGUAUACCAGAAAAGAGUAUCUGAAAUACUGCACUGGCUUGAUCUUGAAAAGGCUAAAAGGCCAGAUUUUUAUACAUUGUACAUCGAAGAACCAGAUUCUGCAGGGCAUUCAUAUGGUCCAGUUAGUGGAGGGGUAAUUGCAGCUUUGCUACUUGCUGAUCAGACCAUGGGAAUGUUGCUAGAUGGACUCAAGCAGAGGAAUCUCCAUAACUGUGUGAAUCUGAUUGUGCUUGCCGACCAUGGAAUGGAAAAGACCUAUUGUGAGCAGUUGGAGUACAUGACUGACUACUUUAGCCAAAUUGAUUUCUUCCUAUAUGAUGGGCCAGCAGGGCGAAUCCGCUCAAGAAAAGUCCCAGAAGAGUAUUUAACCUUUGAUUCUGCAGGCAUUGUGAAAAACCUUACUUGUCGGAAGGAAGAGCAACAUUUUAAGCCUUACUUGACUUCUGAUCUUCCGAAACGUUUUCACUACGCCAACAAUAUACGUAUUGACAAGGUUCAUCUGUAUGUAGACAGGCAGUGGCUUGUAGUAAGGGAUAACAAAUAUACAUUUUGUGGAGGUGGAAACCAUGGAUAUGACAAUGAGUUCAAAAGUAUGGAGGCAAUUUUUAUAGGACAUGGUCCAGGGUUUAAGAGAGGAGUAGAAGUGGAACCUUUUGACAAUAUUGAGAUAUAUAAUUUAAUGUGUGACUUACUUAAAAUCACUCCAGCUCCAAAUAAUGGGACCCAUGGUAGCUUGAACCAUUUAUUGUCGCAGCCUUUCUAUACGCCAGUUCUACCACAGGAGAAAUCUAUCCCAGGAGAGUGUCCAUCUUCACCACAUGCCUCUGAUUUAGGCUGUUUUUGUAAUCUUACAAAUGUUGAUGAUGAAUUAUUAAAUGGAAGGUUAAACCUUAGCACUGAACAUAUAAGUCAAACAGAGAUGACUAAUUUGCCAUAUGGGAGACCAAAGAAUAUUAAAGAAAAAAGCACCUACUGUGUACUUCAUCAGCACCGGUAUGUGAGUGCGUAUAGCCAUGACCUCUUGAUGCCACUGUGGAGUGCAUACACAAUACAAAAACAAGAGGAAAUUUCUCCUCUUCCUCCUACUCUUGAAAACUGUCUGCGGCCUGAUGUUAGAAUCCCUGAGGAAAAAAGCCAAAACUGUUCUGACUAUAAGCAAGGGCUGAAUAUCACCCACAGUUUCCUCCAUCCUCCCUAUUUUAACCAGACUGAGAUUGAGCAAUAUGACUCCUUAAUCACAAGUAACAUUGUUCCAAUGUACAAAGAAUUCUUAAGGAUAUGGGACUACUUACACAACACAUUACUGCUGAAAUAUGCAAAUGAAAGAAAUGGACUAAAUAUAAUAAGUGGACCAGUUUUUGAUUACAAUGCUGAUGGACACGCUGAUGCUCUAGAUGAAAUUGAAAAGCAUGUUCCGGGCACCAAGAUCCCUGUUCCAACCCAUUACUUUCUGGUACUGACAAGCUGCAAAAAUACCUCUCUUACUCCACUCAGUUGUGAAACAAAUUAUGAUGUUUUAUCCUUCAUCAUUCCACAUAGACCAGACAACAGUGAAAGUUGUGCUGAUAACAAAUCAGAAUCUCUAUGGGUUGAAGAGAGGCUUAGAGCACACUCGGCACGAGUCAGGGAUGUGGAAUUACUAACAGGGCUGGAUUUCUAUCAGGAAUUGAAACUGCCUGUCCCCGAAAUUUUACAGCUCAAGACAUAUCUACCAACAUUUGAGACAAUUGUCUGAAGCUCAGAAAGUGAUUAGUACUUUACAGAUGACUUUACAGUGUUUCAUUAUUCUACCGAUGAGCAGUAGAUUAGUUUUAGUAACAGCAUAUAUGAAGGAAUGUUCUGAAAUCAAUAUCAGAAUUAGAACUUAAAGUCAUUAGUACAUUUAAACACAAACAUUAGACCUGAAACAACAAAAUCCUUAUUGAUUACAACCAGACAGACAAUGCAAUGAAAACUGUUAAGUGCCUCUUUCAGUAUUUAUCAUUUACACUUUUAUUAUUGUAGAUUAGCCACAUUGUUCUACGUCUGAAGCAGCAGGAUUCAUAGACUUUAUAAUCUUUUCACUGUAAUUAAUCAAUUGAAAAUGUCAUUUUGAUUAAAUAAAAAGUAAUGGUACCAAAA